UUGUUCAACGGGGAAAUGGUAUAUAGACUGUCGAAUGCGGGAACGAUUCACGCAGUUGCAUUUCGAUUAUUGCACUUCGUGGAAACUUACGUGAGUGCUUUCCCUCGGCGGAAGUUGGGAUUGUCGAGGAAAUCGAUUUUGGAAACGAUGUCGUCAGUUUUGAUGUUGAUCUUACUGAUUGUUGGAUCAUACGCUCAAUCCCCAGAUCAAUCGUCUGAUAAAAUUGACGAUGUGAAAUUGACAGAUACCGUGGAUGAAGAUUCUAAUAUCACGUCAACAUUGAAGAACAUUCAAACUCCUGAAACAAGCACCACGUCGAAACCAAGCCUCUUCUCCUGGUUUUUCACUCCAUUGCUCCAGAAUCUUCAGGUCGAUCCUCAUACUCUCCAGAAUCGUGUCACUCAGCUCAAAGAGGCGUUGAACAAUCUUGGAUUUCGGAAUCAAGAGGAGGGGAAGCAAUUAAGCAACGCGAAUAAUUUAUUGAAUCUCGCCAGUUUGUCUGAUUCCGGGUUUUACACUAACAGGGUGGAGCCAGCCGGAUUUUUCGGUGGAAACGGAUGGUUGGCGAACAAAGGUGGAUUGUUGGGCGGUCCAGGUGCCAUUCUUUCAACUGGCAGCAUUUUGACGGAUUAUCCCACGGCAUACAGGCGAAAGUAGAAAGAGGCGUUUCAUAACUGACCUAGAAGACGGACUUGACGAUGAUUUAAUAAAUUGUUAAAUAGUUGGAAAUGAAUGGAGAUGAUUCUUGAUGAGAAAAACGAAGAAGAUAUUAUUAAGGGAUAAUAUUUUUUUAUUUCAAUUUUUUAAUUUUAGUUUUUAUACUGUAUCUCAGUAGAAUACCUCAAAGAUUUUUAUAUUUCUAGCAUAUUAAUUGUUAUCAAGUUUUGGAAAAGUAUAAUGUAAAUAGAUACUUAAGAGAAGAGCAUAAGCAAAAUUGAUUUUGACUUUGUUCAAUAAAUUCCAAUGUUACACUUU